UUCUUUCUCUCUCUGAAUAUGUAUAUAUACCCACGUCGCUGCAUAACAAUUCUCACAAGUCUCCAGUCUUCUUUCUCUCCUACUACAUUAUUAUUCAUACACAUAUUUCUCUCUCCAGCUACAAACCUGCGAGCACUGGAUUUUUGACGUCAUUUCAACUGUUGAUAUAUAUAUAUAGCAGCAAAGCUAAGUGAGUAAUAAUUAAUUAAUAGUGUCUCAGGAUCGAUCGAAGAAUCAGGAAAAAUGACGCUGUCGAAGAAGGCUACCUGUAAUUCUCAUGGCCAAGAUUCUUCCUACUUCCUGGGAUGGCAGGAGUACGAGAAGAACCCCUACGAUGAGGUUCGAAACCCCAACGGGAUUAUCCAGAUGGGGCUUGCCGAGAAUCAGCUGUCGUUCGAUCUGCUGGAAUCAUGGCUGGCAGAAAACCCCGACGCCGCCAGCUUCAAGAAAAAUGGAGAUUCCAUUUUCAGGGAGCUUGCUCUUUUCCAGGAUUACCAUGGUCUUCCUGCUUUCAAGAAUGCACUGGCGCAAUUCAUGGCAGAAAUCCGAGGAAACAAAGUCAACUUUGACCCCAACAAACUGGUGCUCACUGCCGGCGCCACGUCAGCCAACGAGACACUCAUGUUCUGCCUCGCUGAGCCCGGCGAGGCCUUCCUCCUCCCCACCCCAUACUACCCUGGCUUCGACCGAGACCUGAAAUGGCGGACCGGAGUCGAAAUCGUGCCGAUUCAGUGCAGCAGCUCGACCGGGUUCCGGAUCACGGCGGCGGCUCUGGAAGACGCCUACAAAUCGGCCCAAAAACGGAACCUCAAAGUGAAGGGCGUCCUGGUGACGAACCCAUCGAACCCGGUCGGGAUCACCCUGAACCGGGCCGAGCUGAACCUCCUGGUCGACUUCGCCGACGCCAAGGGCGUCCACCUCAUCAGCGACGAGAUCUAUUCCGGCACCGUCUUCGACUCCCCCAGCUUCGUCAGCGUCCUCGAAGUUCUCGCCAGCCGCAACUUCCACGUCAGCAGCGCCACGUGGAACCGCGUCCACGUGGUGUACAGCCUGUCAAAGGAUCUGGGCCUCCCGGGUUUCCGGGUCGGAGCCAUAUACUCCAACGACCCCCUCGUCGUCGCCGCCGCCACCAAAAUGUCGAGCUUCGGCCUCGUCUCCUCCCAAACUCAGUACCUCCUCUCCGCCAUGCUUUCCGACGCCAAAUUCGCCAGAAAUUACAUCGCCGAGAACCGCCGCCGCCUCAAGGCCCGCCACGACAUGCUCGUCGGCGGCCUGAAAACCGCCGCCGGCAUCCCCUGCCUGGAGAGCAACGCCGGCCUGUUCUGCUGGGUCGACAUGAGACACCUUCUGACCUCCAAUACAUUCGAAGCUGAAAUGGAUUUGUGGAAGAAAAUCGUGUACGACGUCGGACUGAAUAUCUCGCCGGGAUCUUCCUGCCAUUGCCGGGAACCUGGAUGGUUCCGUGUCUGCUUCGCCAACAUGUCCGAAGACACGCUCAACCUCGCCAUCCAACGGAUCAAAGUGUUCGUCGAUUCCAUCAAUUCCAGUCGAAUUAAUUCCAGGAAUGAUUCAACCAAGAAUUCCAGAUCGAGAAAGGCGCUCACGAAAUGGGUUUUUCGACUCUCGUCGUCGUUUCACGACCGUGAACGUGAACGGUAGACGAUAGUCCGCCGCCGGCGGGGUGUCUGUCGACGCGCGCCACCCAUUCAUUCUCUUCUUCCAAAAUUUUUAACUCAAUCAUACCUAUUGAGUUACCCAUUUUUUUUUUUUUUUUUUAUAAAUUUGGAGUUGUUCACAGCUCUCUGGUUAGAAAAAGAGAGAGGAUCGAUUCGCACUCUGUCCACGUACAUGGACGUGAAGUGAUAAUCAUUCAAUUUGUUAUGA